AUGCAUCAUAGUUAUGUACAAAAAUAUUUAGAAAUGUAUGCUAAACAUUUUGAUUUGAUUAAAUAUAUUCAUUUUAAUACUGAAGUGAUCGAGGUCCGUAGGGUUGAAGGGGAUGAUCAAACCAGCUUAACAAAAUGGAGUGUUUCCCUCUCCAAUGGAAUUACAAAAAUAUAUUCUGCUGUGCUAAUAUGUACCGGCCAUCAUUGUGAACCGCGUAUUCCUACCGAAAUUAAUGGCCUAACCACAUUCAAAGGAAGAAUUUUACACUCUAAACACUAUAAUGAUUAUAAAGGUUUUGAAAAUAAACGUGUAAUGUUGGUUGGUAUAGGAAAUUCUUCGUUGGAUAUAGCUGUGGAGUUGGCUGGGAUUGCUAAGAAUGUUGUAAUAUCUACACGUAGAGGUACAUGGCUAUUUAAUAGAAUAACUCAAAAAGGAUUACCCUAUGAUGUGGUUUAUCAAAGUCGUUUUUAUGAUUGGUUAAUGAGAACAGUUCCUUGGAGUAUUGCAAAUGAUUUUCAUGAAUGGAGGAUGCAACAGAAAACUGAUCACGAUUUAUAUGGCCUACGACCUCCACAUCGUUUUUUCCAACAACACCCAGCUGUUAACGAUGCCCUAACAAAUUUAUUAGCCAGUGGCCGCGACGAUAUAAAUUAUAUUAAUGAAUAUUGUGUUUAUACAAAGGAUGGGCGUUGUUAUGAAAUGGAUGUGAUCAUUUUGUGUACUGGAUAUUCUUUUGGAUUUCCUUUUAUUAAACCGCCUGGACUUAUAACUGUGACGGAAGACAAUCAAGUUGAUCUUUAUAAACUCAUCCUACCACCCUCACCAGCAGCAAAAGGCUUAGCUGUUAUUGGAUUAGUACAGCCAAUUGGAAGUGUUUCUCCUAUAGCAGAAAUGCAAGCUCGUUGGGUAACCUCAAUCCUUGCUAAAGGGCUUAAUUCUUUACCGGGUGAAACGAAAAUGAGAGAGGAAAUAGCCUAUAGACGUGAGAGAAUGCGCAGACAAUAUUUUGAGUCAGCUAAACAUACAAUACAGGUGAAUACCUAUAAUAUUUUCCAUAGAAAUAUGAACCUGAAAUCAGAACUUGAAUUAAAUCAGAAUUAUGCAUUAUUAUAUCAUUUAUAA